AUGUCUUCCGCAGUAGCUGAACUGGAGAAUCUUCUCCAAUCCAUGCUGGCCCUCAAGCCGCCUGGCGUAUCCGGCUCAAAGAUUGGUGGCAUCACGAACUUGUGCAAUGCCAACGUGCAGAAUGAAUCAGUGCUCAUCCAGAAAAUUUACACUCACUUCAAGAAGGCCCCGGGCUCCCACAAGCUGGGUGUGCUCUAUGUGGUAGACUCAGUAACUCGACAGUGGGUAGAGGCCGCGCGCAAGGCUGGCCAGGUUCCUGGCGGCGAUGCGCCUGAUGGAACUUUCGCCGCUGGUGUCAAGCGUGUCACUGAUCUCUUGCCCAUCUUGAUGACAGACAUCAUCAAUAAUGCUCCCCAUGACCAAAAGGACAAGAUCAAAAAGUUGGUCGACAUCUGGGAACGUGGUGCGACCUUCCCGUCCCCGAUGCUCAAUUCGUUCAAAGAGAAAUUGAAUGCUGCCCAAAGUAAGUCCUCUUGGAUGGCAAUGCACGCGGCCGAUGCUUACAAUUUAUUAGAUGUCGAAUCGAACACACCCGAAGGAUCUCCCGCACCGAACGCCAACCCGAUCGGAAUUCCGCAACAGUCGGCAGCACCUGAUACCUCGAGCAUCCUGAAAGCUUUGGCCGACAUGGCUAAGCAGAACACUACCGCGCCUGCUGCCCCUUCGGCUCUUGCACCGGCAAACCCUCUGGGUGCCUUCAACUCGGCCUCCGUGACACCUGCCAAUGAUCCGAAUUCGCAUAUGGCUGCUACCAUGAACGCUCUCGGCGCUGGUGGACCUGUCGCGCCUCCCUUCGCGGGUAUGGCCGGCAUGGCUCAGAACCCUGCUCUACAGCCACAGAGCCAAAGUGGAACUCCGAUCUCGAUGGCCGCCGCGAACCCGUUGACUGCGAUUCUUCCUCAGGCUACGCAACCCGCACCCGACUCGAACGCCAUGGCACAGCAACUCCAACUACUCCAGAUGCUUGCUGCCCAGGGCAUCCCUCAGGACCAGUGGGGAACUGCCUUGCAGCUAUUCAGCAUGACCAACAACAAUGGCAUGGGCGGUAUGCCGGGUAUGCCUGGUAUGCCCGCAAUGCCUGGGAUGCCUACGAUGCCUGGUGGACCAAUGGCUGGAUUCAACCCGAUGCAAGGACAGAAUGUUGGUGGAUGGGGUCAUUCAGACGCCCAGAAGGAUGAUCGUGGCCGCGAAUACCCUCGCUCGCCACCCACUGGAUAUCGUCGUCGUUCUCGCUCUCCAGGCUGGGAUAGACGCCGUACUGCUUCACCCCCUCGCCGUCGCGACAGCCCUGUUUAUGGAGAAUAUGGUGAAUCCCCUGGUCGUCGCGGAGACCCCCGUGAUGCGCGUAGCCGUCGUGGUAAUGAGUAUCGUCAGCGUAGCCCUCCUGGUGGCCGUGGCGGUGCUGCUGGUGGUAGACGUCGCUCACCUUCGCCUGCUCGUAACAAGGAUCCCAACCUUCCUCCCCCUGGACCCAAGUUCAUUGAAUGGGACUAUUCGAUUGGUCAGGGUAUGAUCAAAGUUUUGAGCCGAACUCUUUUCGUUGGUGGCGUCACCUCCUCCGAGGCUCAUCUGCGUCAGCUAUUUGGUCAGUUUGGAAUUGUUCAAACUUGCAUCGUGAACGUGGACAAGCGCCACGCUUUUAUCAAGAUGGUUAGCCGUACCGAUGCGAUGCAGGCACGCGAUGGAAUGGAAUCUUACCGUACCGGCGAGAUGCAACUUAGGACUCGUUGGGGUGUUGGCUUUGGUCCCCGUGACUGCAGCGACUACCAAACUGGAGUUAGCAUCAUUCCGAUUGAGCGACUGACAGAGGCUGAUCGUAAGUGGAUGAUUUCCGCAGAGUAUGGCGGAACUGGUGGACGUCCUAUUGAAUCUGGAAUGAUUGUUGAGGAGCCCGACAUCGAGAUCGGCGCAGGUGUCUCCUCUAAGGCUAUCAGCCGUCGCAUUGCCACUGAUACUGGCGGCAAACGGGGCCCAAUUUCUACUCGAACAAACCCUAACCCUCAGGAUGCUCGUUUCGGCGGUCGCCGUCCAGAGCGUGAUGGAUACGGUGGUGGUCCCCAGAUGGGUGGUGAACUUGACAUGCCUAACAUGAACAACCAGGGAGCUGCACCUGCAGUUCCUUCCUAUGGUUUCAACUUUGCCAGCAUGCCCAUGUUGCCUCCUGGCUUCAUGAUGGGUGGUGCUCAGCCUAGUAUGCCUGGUGCUCAGCCUCCUUCCGGCGGCCAAGGCAACUGA